AUGUCUCGCAUCGUGGUUGCAAUGCAGGAGCUCAAGGAAAAGAUUGCGAACCUUGAAGCUGCCUUAAGAGCCCUCUCGCAGGGCCCUCACCCGCUACUCCGAGAAGAAGCUACCGCCCCUAGUUCCACUAGCACAGAGACCUUGACGUCUCCGUCGGGUAGCCCAUCGCAGGCAAGCGGCAGCAACGGUUCACAGCCUUCGCCCCCUGAGGAGUCACAUUCUGAAGAGGGCGAAGAGGAAGUCCUAGACGCUUUCGGAACGCUGACUCUUGGUACUCGAGGAGAGGCCAGAUUCUUUGGCCAAACAUCACGAACGGAGUACCUCAUCCAUGCACCCGAAAGGCUCGGUCCGACGGGCAACUUCCUGACGCUGCCCAGAUUGACACAGGUUACAGUCGACGAGGCUUGCAAGGAGCUUGACGUCUUCUGUACUAACGAACAAGUGGCCGAGGAACUCCUCUCGUGUAUGCCUACCAUGGAGCAGGCGCUUCGGUUGUGCGAUAUAUACUUCGAGAACUCCAAGUUUCUGUGGUACCCUCUCCCGCGGGAGUAUGUCUACACUGAGAUUGUCUUAUUCAUCUACCAGCCACCCACCGGCGAUUAUUGUCAUGUCACAAAGAAGCACGCGUUGUCGUUGCUCUUCAUGAUAUUUGCGCUUGCUACUCUGUACGACUUGACAAUGCCCCCGUAUUCAGCGGAGGCAAUGGAGUAUUACCUGCUUGCCCGUAUCGCAUUGCGCUGGGCGCCGCCCACAUAUGACACAACCUUAGCAGCGAUCCAGUCUUUGCUAUACAUGGCGCAAUACCUUGAGAUGAGCGACUGCGAACCUGCGCACACAGGUUCUCACAAAGCCUGGGUUCAAACCCGCCACAUCUGCACUCUGGGAUACAGUAUUGGCCUCCACGUGUCUGGCUGUAAAUGGCAGCUGGAUGAUGUUGCUAUUGCCAAGCGGGCCCGUGUUUUCUGGCAGUUGUUCGCGCAAGAUACCUGGCUCAGCUUCGGCUUCGGUCGGCCCCCGAGCAUAAACCUGGCUUUCGUGGACUGUGACAUUCCGAAGCCGGAAGAAAUCAUGUCACAAAACGGAACAAAUUGGUCCACGGAAUUCCACGUGUGGUCCUGGCAAUUUUCGAAAGUCCUGCAUAAUGUCAUGACGACAGCAUUCGCUGCUACGUCUCCGACGUACGCCAAGAUCAUUGAGCUUGACAAGCGAAUUCGGGACUUCCCAGACCCACCGUGUAUACUACCUCCAACUGGACCCUCCUCACCGAACGCGUCGGAUAACAUCACGCGAACAAUGCAAAGCCUGCUAGUGACGUUGUCGAAGGACACCACGCACCUGAACUUGCAUCGGCCGUACCUCUCCCAGGCCCUGAAGGAUUCUCCCGAGGAUCCGCUGCGGCACAAGUAUGGCGCGUCUGUGAUGAUUAUCUACCGCUCGGCGUGGAGGAUCCUCAACGCCUUACAAUCUGCUUACCGGACCGCGUCGGGGAUCACCACUAGGAUCAGCCUUCCAUGGUCGCAUUCUCUGGCGUGCGCGAUCCUGCUGUGUCUGAUGAUUACUCGAGCGCCUACUUCAGCUCUUGCGAAUCCGGCGCUCGUGGAACUUGACAAGAUCUGCGAGCUGUUUGAAGAGGCCGCGAACUCCAGCCAGAUUGCUACCAACAACAUCCAUGUGCUGAGGAAGCUGCGAAAGCAGGCGCACGCGGCUAUUACCAAAGUCAUGGCCGAGGAUGCAGCGCUCGUCAAUUCAGAGCUCGACCGCCUUGGCGGACGCACUCAGCUCAUUCGCACCGUCGGAGAGCGUCGCUUGGUCUACUGUUCUGCCGUUCGCUUCGGCAAUUACGAGCUCUUAACCCGCCAAAAGGAGAUGUCCGUCUUCGAGACGCAGCCGAAUCCGAACGGCUACGUUCAGGGUUUCGUGAGCCGGGAUCAGCGCACGGACGACCCACUCCCUAACCCGCCUCCGUAUGACACGGACGAGUUCAACUUCUACUUCUCGGGUGGCCAGGCCCAGCCACCGCCGCCUGGUCAAGUCCAGCAACAACACGCUCCUGGGGCCUCUGCGCAGAUGCCGAGUGGACACAAUAUAGACUGGAUACAGAGCUUCCUGGAGUCGACGGCGGCUCCUCCGCAGUCACAGACACAGGUGCAGGCGGCGACAGAGCCUGUGCCUACGUCCGCAGAGAUGGAUGCAACUUGGCAGGCUUUAGUCGCGCAGCUUGGUAUCUGA